AUGACUGUUUGUCUUCUGUACUGGGAAGAGGAGCAGGUGAGCAGUCCGAAUAUCCUGCGCCUCAUCUACCAGGGCCGAUUCCUACACGGCAAUGUGACGCUAGGAGCUUUAAAACUGCCACUCGGAAAAACCACAGUGAUGCAUUUAGUUGCCAGAGAGACGCUGCCCGAGCCAAAUUCCCAAGGUCAGAGGAACCGGGAAAAGACUGGAGAGAGCAACUGUUGUGUGAUCCUGUAAAUACAUCCCAUCAUCCCUCAGAACGAGUGUGUCCUAUCACCCUUCGCCCAUGCUGCUUAAACACAUCUAAUCACACCCGACUCCCACGAGCACCCGACCAGAUCAAGAGCUUCGCUUCUCCUGGAAAGGAAAAAAAAAAAGAUAAAAAUCACCUGAGACACGGAUAUGAGAACAUUUCGGCUUCGCAGUCUGUAUUUAAGCCAAAAAAUCAGAUAAUAAAAUGCAUCCCACCUUUACACACACAUUUCCACUGUUUCUAACAUCUUCACACGCAUCCAUGAACUCAUUCAAACACACGCGCACACACACACACACACACUCCUGCCAGUUUGCACACGGAGGAGGCCCUCUUUUCUCAGUUUUUUUAUUGCACAUAGUAACAUGAUUGAUUCAGUGAGGAAAAAAGAGACUUGUUCGCCUCAGCCCAGGCCCUUGAUUCUUCCUCUCAGGGGGGAGACGUGUGAGGGGGGGAUUAAUUUACACAGCACAGUGCAGGAGAUCAAGUAUUUAUGUGCCUGUUGAACGUUUUAGAAAUGUUUCUUAUACAUUUCCAUGCGUUUUAAAUGCCCCAUUAAGGUCCUGGAGAUCCAGCAUCCUGCUCUAUUGAGUUCCUGUACGCCAGAAGUGUUUCAAGCACAGUCGGGACUUUUUUGCAGGAAGGUAGAUCUCCAGAAGAUGGUUGGAUUGACUCAUGGGAAAGUCUAAAAUACACAUAACGAGUAACAUUUACAGUAACAUUUGCGACUGUGUUUUGACAGUCAACCAGUGUUGCGACUUCCCUCUUUAGACAGAUCCGAGCUGCUCUCUUUCAGGAAGGGUUAUAAGAUUUAUUCCUUUAUUUUCUAAGUAGGGUAGUGGUGUCAAUGAAUGCUUGCGUUUGGAGCCAGAAGAUAAUUAUGGAAUGAAGUUUGGCUUGGUUUCUAUUUCCCCUUCCUUAUUAGAUAUAAAAUUCGUUUGCACAACACGGAAACAUGAGCUGUUUCGUUUCUAAAUCGGUGUAAUUUUUUCUUUCCCCUACUCCCUUUUUAAUAUUUUUCCAAAUGGGAAGUGUAUUCGAAGGUUACAUAUGUGUAGAGUAUAUUUAAUAUGAAUCUUAUAGAGAACAUAAAUAUAGAUUGUUGAUAUAUAUUGGUGUCUAGUGUAUGAUAGUUUAAAAACCGUUAGCACAUUAGCAUAUGAAGCAGCGAGAUGUACUUUAACAGCAGCAAAUCCCUCUAAUGGCUGAAUAAAUUACUGUUUUCGUCUCUCUUUUUUUUAAUCAAAUGUUCAUAAUUUGAUGUUUCAUUUUUGACUUCAUUUUUCUUUUUAUGUGUUCUUUGCUUUCUGCUUUUUAACACCGCACUAGGUCUGAAAAAUAUUGGUCCUUAUCAGGGUUAAAAUCUGUACAGAGCUGAAGUUUUUAAAAAGAUAAUUGUAAAUAAACUAAUGCUUAUCAUUCUCUAAACUACAAAUGGAAAUACAUAUAUAAACUGAAUAAAGAGUCCAGAAUAUUGAAGUGAAA